GGUCGUCGCUAGAAAGGAGAGGAUCUGACGGGAUAAUCCUUAGAGGACGAUGUCUGGGUGCAAUCUUCCAGGGGCUGCCGUGUCGGAAACAAACUCCUGCUGGGCGGAUAUGAUGGCAUUGCUGCCCAAAUCUAAGGAAGACCUGAAGCUGGAGUUCAGCGACAAAAUCGAAAGAAGCGUAAUCAUGUUACUUCAGCAAGCCGGGGAGCUUUUCUACGGAGACAGAAGGACUGAAUGUCUGCAGACAAGUGAAAUAAUCAUAGACUACACCUGGGAAAAGCUCAAUACUGGGACUUGGAGAGACGUGGACAAGGAAUGGAGACAAGUGUAUUCUUACGGCUGCCUGUUUAAAGCUCUGUGCUUAUGCGGCGGUGAGGGUGGGGACGUAGCUGAAGCCGUAAGAGUCUGUGAUAUGGGUUUACUGAUGGGCGCGUCCAUACUAGGGAACAUCUUGGUUGAAGUCAUUCGCGUCCUCCGGAAGCAUCAUCCACGGGGGGAAAGAUCUACUGAAGGGAGAGACGGAGAACCUAGCAAAAAGAAAAGCAGGAGUGAGCCUCCUUCGAUUCCAACUGUGCCAUUAGAAACGGCAGUCCCUCGGCUUCACUGUCCUUCCUUAGAAUAUUUUAAGAACAGUUAUUUGGUUCCACAAAAGCCGGUCAUCUUGGAAGGGACCGUCGACCACUGGCCAUGUAUGAAGAAAUGGAGUCUGGAUUAUAUCGAAGAAAUAGCUGGCUGCCGGACCGUCCCAGUAGAACUAGGAUCCAGAUACACGGACGCAGAGUGGUCCCAGACGCUGAUGACCGUCAGCGAGUUCAUCAGGAACUACAUUGUGAAUGAGCAGAAUAAUGUCGGAUACCUCGCUCAGCAUCAAUUAUUUGAUCAGAUUCCCGAGCUAAGGCAGGACAUUUGCAUCCCAGAUUACUGCUGCCUGGGGGAAGGAGAUGAAGACGACAUCACUAUUAAUGCCUGGUUUGGUCCAUCAGGAACCAUUUCUCCUCUUCAUCAAGAUCCCCAGCAAAACUUCCUAGUCCAGGUAAUCGGAAGGAAGUACAUCCAGUUGUAUUCUCCACAAGAAUCAGAGUCUUUAUAUCCACACGAGACCCACCUUCUUCACAACACAAGUCAGGUUGAUGUGGAAAAUCCCGACACGACUCAGUUCCCGAAGUUUGCGGAGGCUGCGUUUCAGUCUUGCAUUCUCAAUCCCGGACAGGUUCUGUUUAUUCCUGUUAAAUAUUGGCAUUACGUGCGAGCCCUUGAUAUCAGCUUUUCCGUCAGUUUCUGGUGGUCAUAGUCAUUUUUGAAAGUCUUCAAUGAGGCAGGGCUCCUGUUGCAACGUCUUCAUUUACCAGAAAUCUGAAUGAGCCAACGCUUUGCUCCGUCUUUCGACUUCGAACGUGCCCAAAGUAGCCAAUGCACAAAAAGGAAGAAACAUCUAGAAAACGGUAAUCGUCAUCCAGCUUCCUUCCAAACAAGAAAACUACUGUUUCACCUUUGGAGUAUAACUGCAGAAUCUCAAUGCGCUGAAAGAUCGACGGAACGGUUAUUCUGAAAAAUGCAUCUAAUAAUAUGAGAUAGGCGUUCUUUAGGCCAGACAGAACUUGGAUAGGAUACCAACUCUGUUGUACUGUGCUCUCCCAAGCACUUAGUACAGUGCUCUGCACAAGCAGGCGCUAAAUAAAUACCACUGAUGAUAGUUUGCGUGCUGUUCUCCUUGGAAUGACUGAUGGGACACCUUGCUUUAGUUCCUCACCACAUGUUCUAACUGUGGGGGUACACUUUCACUCUGAGCCUAAAUUGGAAGUCUGUGCAUUUUAUUUCAUGAUUUUUUCUGAA